GUCUGCAUGCGUGUGUGUGCCUUAUGUUUUUGGCUUAAUCGUAAAUCGGUCACACUGACCAGCAGCAGAUAUUUUCUACACGCUUAAUGUGCUGCUGCAUGGAAAAUAAAACGCAGCAAAAUGCUUGCCUUGUGAAAUAACAACCCAAAUACCUUCAAAUACCUGGCGGGGGUGUGUGCGAAUGUGCAGUGUGUGCGUGCGUAUGUGUGUGUGUGCACGGGGGAUGUUAAGUGAAUCACACUCACACAAUUAAUAUAACAAAAAAAGAAGAAAUAAAGGAAACCAGAAAACACACACACACUCAUUCCUGGAGCAAAAAGAUGUACCAAAGCGCCUGCAAUGCGGCCACGACAGGCUCGUGCGUGCCCGGUGCGGGCAAUCAAACCGAUAACGAUCGCCAAGCGGCGCUGAUAGCACAACAGCCACCAACAGCGCCCGUCGAACCCGAUUACAGUGGCUUCGAUAUCGUCAAAGCCACACAGUACGGUGCGAUAGCACGCGUGCGGGAUCUGGUCGAGUCCGGCUGGGAUGUGAAUCAGCCCGACAGUGAAACAGUCACACUGCUCCAUUGGGCAGCCAUCAACAAUCGACGAGAUAUCAUACGCUACUUUCUGGAAAAGGGCGCCACCGUCGAUGCUGUUGGCGGCGAAUUGAAUGCCACCCCCCUACACUGGGCCACCCGCCAAGGUCACUUGGGUGCCGUGGUCCUGCUGAUGGCUGCGGGCGCCGACCCGCGUAUACGGGAUGCGGAGGGCUGCUCUUGCAUACACAUUGCCGCACAGUUUGCACACACUGCAUUGGUGGCCUACUUCAUAGCCAAGGGCGUAGAUCCAGAUCUGCAGGACCGUGGCGGCAUGACGGCGUUGAUGUGGGCGGCAUGGAAGGUGUGUGCUCUCGAUCCCGUGCGUCUGCUACUCACAUUAGGCGCCAAUCCCGCUAUGGUUGACUACACACACGGCAACACGGCGUUGCACUGGGCAAUCUUAGCCCGCAAUGCGACAGCCAUCACAACGCUGGUGCUCAAAUCGAAGGCGUCGCUGGAUGCGCCCAAUUUGCGGGCGGAGACACCACUCUCAAUGUUGGAGGCUCAAACCGGUGCCAUUUGGAUUGGUGCUAAGGUCAUGGAUCGGGUGCGCGAGGCAGCGCUCAGCUCGCAACAACGUCGUUCUCUGGUAUCCAAGUUGCGGCACGACAAACGCUUGCGUUGGUGGUCGAUGGUCGCCUGUCCGUUUACCGCCUUCUAUUUGGCGGGCAUUGUGUUUACCAUCAACACGCUGUACAUUAUCAAGUUUUUCCUGCUCGGCUGCCUGUAUGCAGUGUUCCACACCAUUGGCAAGACGCUGUUCGAUGAGCAUCUGAUGGCGUUGUUGCCGCUUUCCGUCUAUUUGGCCACCAAGGCUUGGUUCUAUGUCACUUGGCUGAUGUAUAUCGACGAUGCGGUGUCGUUGCCAACCACCGUGUGCUUCCUCAUCUGUUCGCUGGGCUUGUGGGUAUGCUUUCUCAAGUCGUGGAAGGGUGAUCCCGGCAUCAUACGACCCACCAGAGAGCAGCGCUUCAAAACAAUUAUUGAGCUGUCGGAGCGCGGCGGUAUUGGCUUUGAACCCGCUUCCUUUUGCUCGGGCUGCCUGGUGCGUCGUCCGAUUCGUUCCAAGCACUGCUCUGUGUGCGAUCGUUGUGUGGCACGCUUCGAUCACCAUUGCCCCUGGGUGGGUAAUUGUAUUGGUCUCAAGAAUCACAGCUACUUUAUGGGCUUUCUCUGGAUGCUGUUGAUCAUGUGCGCCUGGAUGAUCUACGGCGGCUCUAAAUACUAUGUCAACGAGUGCAAUGUGCACUUUGACGAUUUCCUCACUGCGAUGCGCGCCAUUGGCAACUGCAAUGCAUGGGUGGGCUGGGUCAUGGGCAACGCUUUGCUGCACAUGUCCUGGGUCAUCUUGCUAACCAUUUGCCAGACGUAUCAGGUAAUUUGCCUAGGUAUGACCACCAACGAGCGCAUGAAUCGUGGACGCUAUCGCCAUUUCCAGGCCAAGGGUGGACACAGCCCAUUCACGCGUGGCCCGUUGCUCAAUCUAAUUGAUUUCCUUGAGUGCAAUUGCUUUGGUUUGGUGCAACCGCGACGCGUUGACUGGAUGAACUACUAUGACUAUGAUGCUCAGGUGCAUCAGACCAUUGAGAAGGAGCCGCUGCUGCGUGGCGAUGGUGCCGACAAUGAUGGCUUGGCGGGUGAUCAUCAGUAUGUGUAGGAUAAGUCCUAUCGGGAUGCGAAGACGCUUCAAAUGCCCAUUGCGCAUGUUUAACCGAUGCUUUAGAUAUGUAUUGUAUUGUAUGGAAACCUCCCGCCUGACCUGGUGGAUUAGCUUCGUAUUUAUUUCUAGUGAUUUGUAAUUGGUACGCGCUGCUGCAAACACAACGAUUUAACAACACCAACAUCAAGAAUAGCAAACAAGAAAAGAGAAUGCAACAAUAAUAGAGAAUGAAUAGAAAACACAGAUGAGAGAAGCGUCGUUCGCAGACCGAUAUCGGAUCGAGCAAAUUGGGCACAAUUUAUGCCUCGAUACAACAUCAUAGAUACGUACAUUUAUUGUGCUUGUAUUUUACCUGUAAUUACAAAAACUCUGUACAUUUUUUCAGCAUAUUUCUUAACUAGCACAUUUCUUAGACGUUCUCAAGUAUUUGUAAUACCAAAAAAAAACAAAAACAAAAAUGAAAUGAAUUACCAACCGAACAAAACAACCACACAGACACACAAACGUUUAACAAUCGCAACAAAAUCAAAAACCCAAUUAAGCAAAAAGACAAAAAACGAUAAAGUAAAUUAAUUUCAAGUCGUGCAAUAUUUAAAAAUUCCAAUUUUUUCCACAAAAAUUAAUAAAAAUACAAAUUGUAAAGCGCACAGAAAACAAACGAAAUACAAGAACAAAAAAAAAACUUUCAAAUAUGUGUAUUCUAAAAGCAAGAUUAUAGUUAAAUAGGUUGCAGUUGCCUUUGAGGGAGCUUGGAUUCGCUUCAAACUUGAUCCAAGUUGUCUCGCCAUUAAGCAGCUUUUUCAAUGAACCAAAAGAACAAAACACCAAAACUAACAAAACCACAAAUACGUCAAAUGUUUAUGAGAAUACGAUUUGCAUACUUAAAUAAUGAAUAACGAACAAUUCUAAACGCGAUCCGAUUCAAUACGCACUAGUCUAGUCAGCAAUCAUUUAAGUAAAAAGAAGUGAAGAAAAACAAAAAUUAUAGUGCAACAACAAAGACGAUAUAUAUAUAUAUACAUAUAAAUAAAUAUUGCAUAUUAAAAUAUACAUAUAUAUAUAAAUAUUUAUAUCUAAAUAGUUAUGAAAUUAUGUACACCUAUGAUAAAUGAAGGAAUUUCGACAAAAUGCAACAACCUGACAACAAAAUGAACAACAACAACAACACGUAGCUAAAAAACCGUUUCUAAUUGUAACACGUUACUUAAAUGCAUUUAAAUUUAAAUAAC